AUGUAUUUUUUGCGUCAUUUCUCACGUUUUCGACCCUUACCGAAAUUUCAACCUAUUUUGAAACGUCAUUUCGCAUCUGAAACUGCAGGAAAAGUCGAGGACAAAGUCACCAAAUGUAAGUUUUUAGUUGUAAAUUUCGAUUUUACGUUGAAUUUUACAGUAAAAGUUCGUCGAGCUUAUGCAUUGGGAGGAUGUCUCAUGUUUAUAUGGGUUUCAACACACGGAAUUCUAUUGUACAGGUAAAAUAAUACUUACUUAACUUAUUCUUUUUUAAACAAUUUUUUUCAGACGACGAAGUGAGCAUAGAGCUUUGAAUGAAAAGUUGCCACCAAUUCCGUGGGAUGAAUUUGUUGAGAAAUAUUUUGCAAGUGGUGAUGUUAAGACAAUUGUUUUCCAACCACAUUUUGAAAUCGCAAAUGUGUAUUUGCAUUCGGCAAAAGAGCAACAAAUGAAGAAAACUGUUGUUGAUUUGGUAAGCAAAGUUUUUAAUGAUUUUUUAUACAAAACUUAUUUUAGAUUCAUACAACGCCAGACAAAUUCUCGCGUCCUCCAGAUGUCCGAUUUUUCUACGAAGGUUCAGCUGAUGAUGUGAAAAGCGCUGUAACUUCUGCUGUCGAAAAAUAUAAACAUAAUGUAGACUUCGAACUCGAUCAAUUCCCAAGUUAUCGGUUAGUUUUGUUCAUUUAUAAUUUUCCAAAUAAAAUUGUUUUUUCAGAGAGCUCUCAUUUAUCGUUGGAAGCACAUUAUUCGUUUUGGCUGCAAUUUCAUUUAAAUAA